AUGAUCCAGCUUGUUCGAGAGUUUGCAACCUUCAAAAAUUGUACAGAAACGAAACGUGCGAAAACUAGCGUAAUAUUCUUUGAGGGUUUAAUAUUCGUAAGAGAGCCGUACUUCAACGAACCGGGUUUUGAGAAGUAUCAAGGAACUGAGAAGGGAGAAGAGUAUUCGAGAAAGUACAACUCACAAAUCGAGCAUGCAACGCUCACCUACGCGAUACGAGACCAACUCAAAAAUGGACCAGAAUGUUUUCGAAAAGUUAUUCAACGACACUUUUGGCUGAAACGUUACAUGAUUAUUGAACAAGCACACAAAUGGCUUGCGGAAAUGAAACAGGAUUUAGCAAAAUUAGAGAAGAAUCCGAAACGAAAAGAUUCUCCAUCGUUUGAUACCUUGUACAAUCCGAUGGCUCAGGAAAGAGCCAUACAGCAGUUAAUUGAUGAACUCAGCAACAUGACCUGUCCAUGUGAUCACUAACGAGGAGAUCAGCAUAAUUUUGACUUUAUCUAUCAAUCUGUUGGCGUUAUCAUUCAGCCAUAUUCGUUGGGUGCUGCAAGUGACACCUUUAAACUUCAUGCUUAG